CUGCUGAUGUUAUUGUUCAUGUGUCUACUAUCCACAGGCUACGGCUGAUAUUUGUGAAGGGACGGAAUGGAUAUAUAUAUAUAUAUAUAUAUGAAGGAGGUCAAUGCCCUUGAAUUCUGGGAAUACAUUUUCGGCGGUUACGAAAUAAGGAAGGUUAAAAAGGGAUGAGCUGAAACUUUGUCUAAGGAAAGAGCAGUCAACUGGGCAUCGACAAGGACUAGUCACAGUUUUACAGCCAAAUGGGUCUUGUUGGAGUUUUGCUGUUGAUUCUGGGCUGUUUUGCAGCUGGAGCUCAGUCUUUAGGUAAAGGGUCCUCUACAUUUCUCUCUGCCCUUUACACAAAACAAAUGAAACUUUUAAUGCUGAUCCAGAGCCAUUAAUAAAAAACCUGCGAAAAGCCCAUGCUGCAACAUGGAAGAGUUCCUUUUUGGUAUUGGUCGGACCGUCCUAUAAAUACAGCCAUUACUUAUCACUGUUAUAUAGAUUACAUUCCGGUGAAUAAAGUGCAAGACAGCGGUUAUGGCACAGCCACAUGUACUGAAAAUGGCUGGGACCCUGAACCAAAGUGUUUGAAGCCGUGCCAUGUUUCCAACAAAGUCAUGGAAGAAAACAGUAUCAGAUUGGUCUUUACAUUCGUGUGGUGGUUCACUUCCACAAUAAAACAUGGAGACAGCAUUUCAUUUACGUGUUUACAGGGCUAUGGAAUAUCUAACUCAAGCCUGUUGGAUGUGAAGUGCAAUGAUGGUUUUUUCCAUUACCCUAAGUGCACCAAACUAGUUGGAUGUGGGCCUCCACCAGAAGUGCCACAUGGAGAAAUAGAGCAAGACCACAAGUCCUAUGAACAUAACUCGGCUGUGACAUAUAAGUGCCACCAAAACUAUACCCUUGUAGGGGAGAAACAAAUUUCAUGUAGAAAUGGGCAAUGGGAAGAACCUCCAGUCUGUAAAGGGCCGUGCACUCUUUCUGAGGAAGUCAUGGAAGCAAAUGGUAUCAGAUUAGACAAACCUUUGUGGUGGAGAUGUUCCCCAAUAAAGCAUGGAUGUAUUGUUUCAUUUAGUUGUGCACAGGCGUAUGAAAUAUCUAAUUCAAGCCUGCUGAGAGCAAAGUGCAAUGAUGGAGUUAUCUCUUACCCUACGUGCCUCAAACAACAGAGCUGUGGGCCUCCACCAGUAGUGCCACAUGCAAAAACAGUACAAGGUCAAAUUGAGUCAUAUGAACACGGCUCGGUGGUGACAUACCUGUGUGCAAAAUAUUAUAAAUUGGAAGGAAAACAUGUUACGUGUAGAAAUGGAACAUGGGAUGAUCCACCAACCUGCAGAGAACCCUGCGUGAUCAACGGUAAAGACCUGGACGAAAACAACAUCAACCAGAUAUGGCCAUUGCCUUAUAAACGAUACGUUGAGCAUGGAGAAUUUAUUGUAUUUUAUUGCUUAGAAGGAUAUGAUAUAUCUAAUAAAGAUCUACUUCUUGUAUGGUGUGAGCAAGCUACAGUGGAGUAUCCCAAAUGCACUGAAACGGAGGAAGGAACAACUCAAAUGCCCUUCAACUGGAGAAUGUUCGAUGACCAGUUACAACAAAGGAUGAAAACACAGAAGUGAUACAGCUAAUGGGUUUAUUGGGAUCCUUGCAUUUGCUGUUGUACAGUUGAUUUCUAAAAUGAGUUUCCCCUUCCCUUUUGCAAACAGAAAUAAACCCAUAAACUCCACUGGUGAUGAUGAUGAUGACAUGGUUCUUCUCCAUUUUCUGUCUUAAAUAAACUCUCUACAGAUAUUGUA